AUGAUGAUUUUUAAAAAAGCCGUGGAAAAUUGUUUAAAAGCAGGAGGAUAUGAAGUGAGAAACGAAGAUGGUGACGAAAAAAUCGUUCAUAUUUCUACAAAAAAUGAAAAUAAUAAGAAAACGAAUCAAAAUAUAAUUAUUUGCGGUGCUGUUUUAAAUUCCGAAACGGGAACUAAAGAAAAAAAUAUAAAUAAAAAUGAUUAUUACAGGAUUCGAUUGAAUAAUAUAAAAAAAUUAUCAAUUGAUAAAACAUUAGAUAACGUUGAAGAAAAUCAUUGGGAAAUAUUAACUCAUGCUAAUAUAAAAUUAAAUCUUUUACAAGUGAAAAUGACACAAUCCAUUUCAUUGAACUUGAAUGAAAAUCUCGAUAAUAAUCGCGAAACCGGAAAUAAAGGAGGAACUUUUGUUUUGUACAACGUAUCGAGAUUGGCCGCCAUCAAAGCGAAAUAUUUUCAAAGAGUAAAUGAUAAUUUUUAUCCAAAACUUCCACCCGUUGACGAAUUGAGUUUUAAAGAAUUGACAGAAUUCGAAGAAUGGUCGUUACUUUUUAAUUAUUUACUCGAAUAUCCUUCAUUAAUUGAAAAAUCCGCUCGAGAUUUAAUUGAUGGAAAACCCGCCAUUCACAACAUUUGCAAUUAUUUGUUUAAUUUAUGUUCAUUGUUUAGCGUUUACUAUCGAAGAGUUCGGAUUUUAUUGGAUUCUAAAGAACAUCUCAUACCGUUACUACAAUCGAGAUUUUUCCUAUGUCAAGCUAUCGAACAAGUUUUAAGAAACUGUUUAAAUUUAUUAAACGUCGAAACCGUCAAUGCUAUGUGA